GCCCAAUGCUCCCGAAGAACCCCCGCGGGUGUCAGACAUUGCCAAAGCUAGUCACGGUUCACUGCUCACGGGGCCCCGAGAAUGUCGUUAUAGAGGGUCUGCUUCUGCAUAACUUGCUGUCCGACCGCGGUCCAUACGCAUACCUCACAUUGGACCCACUUGCGGCCCCAUCAUGGCCCCUGUUGGGAUCGCCAUCCUUGGCUCAGGAAUUUUCGCCAGAGAGGCUCAUCUCCCGGCCAUCGCGACCAUCGGCCCCUCGUUUGUCGACCUCAAGGCGGUCUACUCGCGCUCUGAGAAGAGCGCAGCAGAGCUUGCCAGAGAGGCACAAUCCACGCUCAAGCUCUCUUCUAAACCCGACGUGUACUUCGACGCCGAUUCCUCUCGCAAUCUCGACACGUUGCUCGCUCGCCCUGACAUCACCGCUGUGAUUGUCGUUCUCCCAAUCACCAUACAGCCCAGCAUUGUUCUAAAGGCACUCGGCGCAGGCAAACAUGUGAUCAGCGAGAAACCAGUUGCGCCGGACGUCGGUUCAGGGCUAAAACUGAUCGCGGAGUACGAGACCAAGUAUAAGCCGAAGGGACUCGUUUGGCGGGUGGCUGAAAACAUCGAGACGGAGACCGGAUAUCACAUCGCUGCAAAAGCUAUUAGGGACGGGAAAAUCGGACGAGUCAAAAUCUACAACGCACGGGUUGUGAACUACAUCGACAAAAACUCGAAGUGGUAUAACACUCCCUGGAGAACGAUUCCAGACUAUCAAGGAGGCUUCUUGCUAGACGGCGGUGUGCACACCAUUGCUGCCCUGCGUGUCCUCCUCCCCAGCCCGAUCAAGACUGUCUCCGGCUUCGCCUCACUCACUAAGUCCUACCUCGCACCGCACGACACCAUCAACGCUGCCGUGCGCUCCGCAGAUGGCUCGCAUGGACUGGUCGAGCUCACCUGGGGUGCACCGACUGCUUCGCGCUCCAAUCUGGCUUUCAGCGGCAUUACGGUCACCGGAGCCGACGGCUGGCUCUCCGUCAACCAGGUCAAGGUCGUCGACGGGAGCCAUCCUGUCGAAGGCAUUCGCACAACGGUCCACAUCGCUAAGCGCGAUGAGGAUGGGCGUGACCUUGGCGAGGUAGAGGAGAUCUUGGACCGGACGAUGGACGGCGUGCCGAAGGAGCUCGAGGGGUUCGUCAACGCGAUUCGGGGAGAUGACAAUGGUCUCGGAAACCCGCAGGGCGCGUUGAAGGAUGUGGCAUUCAUCCAAGCAGGGCUUAACAGCAAUGGCCGUCCGGUUGAUAUUGACGUACUGAUGCGCAGUGACGUAAGUUCAGUAUAGAGCAAGGGAUUAUGAUCUUGUACGUUAGACAAGCAUCAGAUCUCGGAUCCAGCCCAGUCUGCUGUCUGUAUGCAAUGUUCCGCUCUUGAUCAUGUCAUGCGGUUUAUCUGCCGAUGGUUCUGCUACUGCAAGUCAUCAAUAGGGUAUGUGUCAUUACCGAAAGCGAUCAUCAUAGUUCGAGUAUAUAAUGGCAGAGAACGCCGACAUCUCCCUGACAUUCGCCAAAUGAUCCACAAGCUCAUUCGGC